ACGGCGGCGGGCGCGGGGCAGCACAGCUCGCCCGGCUCCGGCGGGCAGCGCGGCGGCCCCAGCCUGCGACCCCCGGGAUCCUCCUCCGGCCACGCUUGUGAAACUACACAGCGCCGCAUGUAUCCCCACACGAGCCCCAGUCCCGCGGGCCGUACCUAGGGGCGGCGGUCGUUGCCUGGGGAGGACCCCGGCUUCCUGCUCCAUCCAAGGCUACUCCAGCACCACUGGGCCCUGCAGAGGCCCGUGCAGAAGGGACCAUGAAAGUGAGAUCAGCUGGCAGUGACAGGGAUGUACUGUGCAUUACUGAAGAGGACCCGGCUGGUGAAGACGAGGACAUGCCAUCCUUCCCAUGCACCCAAGAAGGCCGGCCAGGACCCCACUGCAGCCGCUGUCAGAAGAACUUGUCUUUGCACACGUCGGUGAGGAUCCUGUACCUCUUCCUGGCUCUGCUCCUGGUGGCCGUGGCUGUGCUGGCUUCGUUGGUUUUUAGGAAGGUGGACUCUCUCUCAGAAGACAUCUCCUUGGCCCAGUCCAUCUAUAAUAAGAAGCUUGUGUCGAUGCAAGAAAAUCUUCAAGGACUGGACCCAAAAGCCCUGAACAAUUGCUCCUUUUGCCGAGAGGCUGGGCAGCUGGGGCAGGAGAUCAGGAAGCUCCAAGAGGAGCUGGAGGGGCUUCAGAAGAUGCUGCUGGCCCAGGAGGUCCAGCUGGACCAGACCUCCCAGGCCCAUGAGCUGCUCACCACCACAAGCAGUCAAAUCUCCCAGGAGAUGGGCAGUUGUUCCUUCUCCAUCCACCAGGUAAAUCAGUCCCUCGGACUCUUCCUGGCACAGGUGAGGGGCUGGCAGGCCACCACAGCAGGCAUGGACACCACUCUGAAGGACCUCACCCAGGAGUGCUAUGACGUCAGGGCUGCUGUCCACCAGAUCAACUUCACAGUGGGCCAGACCGCUGAGUGGAUCCAUGGGAUCCAGCGGAAGACAGACGAGGAGACUCUGACCCUACAGAAGAUAGUCACAGACUGGCAGAAUUACACCAGGCUCUUUGGGGGUCUGCGCAGCACUUCUGCCAAGACUGGGGAGAUGGUCAAGACCAUUCAGGCCACCCUGGGGGCCUCCUCACAGCGCAUUAGCCAGAAUUCUGAGAGCAUGCAUGACCUGGUGCUGCAGGUCAUGGGUCUGCAGCUACAGCUGGACAAUAUCUCCUCCUUCUUGGAUGACCACGAGGAGAACAUGCACGACCUCCAAUACCACACCCGAUAUGCCCAGAACCGCACAGUGGAGAGGUUCGAGUCCCUGGAAGGACGCAUGGCUUCUCACGAGAUCGAAAUUGGCACCAUCUUCACUAACAUCAACGCCACCGACAACCACGUGCACAGCAUGCUCAAGUACCUGGACGAUGUGAGGCUGUCCUGCACACUGGGCUUCCACACCCAUGCUGAGGAACUCUACUACCUAAAUAAGUCUGUCUCCCUCAUGCUGGGCACCACAGACCUGCUCCGGGAGCGCUUCAGUCUGCUCAGUGCUCGCUUGGACUUCAAUGUCCGCAACCUCUCCAUGAUCAUGGAGGAGAUGAAGGCUGUAGACACACAGCAUGGAGAAAUCCUUCGAAAUGUCACCGUCAUCCGAGGUGUCCCCGGACCUCCAGGACCAAGAGGACUCAAAGGAGAUGCAGGCAUAAAAGGACCUCUUGGAAACAGAGGUCCUAAAGGGGAUUCUGGCAGCCUGGGGCCCCCAGGACCUCAGGGUCCUCAGGGGCAGCCUGGGGAACCAGGACCCAUGGGAGAAAGAGGGCCAGCUGGCCCCCGAGGCUUUCAAGGAUACAAAGGCUCAAAGGGCAGCUUUGGAACUGGAGGGCCAAGGGGGCAGCCAGGCCCCAAAGGAGAUGUAGGGCCCCCAGGGCCGGAGGGACCCCGAGGGUCUCCAGGACCCUCGGGGCCUCAGGGAAAGCCAGGGAUUUCAGGAAAGACAGGGUCACCAGGCCAACGUGGAGCCACAGGGCCUAAGGGCGAACCAGGUAUCCAGGGUCCCCCUGGAUUACCUGGGCCUCCAGGCCCUCCAGGGAACCACAGCCCCUACUGAAGAAGGUCUUUGGCCUGAUGCUGCAAUAUAGGUUGGGGAGGGGGGUCAGAGAAAGCACCCAAAAGGACCUACUGUCUACAGACAAUCAUUGUUUGAUCCUGAUGUAAAGAUGUCUCUCUUAAAACUGACUGUGUAGCCUUAAGCUCCCCAAUAAUGACUGUGCCGUAAGAAAACAGCUCACUGCCCACCCCCCCCCCACCCCCGUUUCUCUGCUGGACAGGGGGCGGGCUACUGGGUUUCCAUGGCUGGUUAGGAGGAAAGGGAAGAAGACCGACCCCCUGUCCCAUGAUGGCCUGCUGGGGAGGUGGCUACCUGGGGAAGGCUGUCUUGGAUCUCUUCAAUGGUAACUAGCUCCAGUGUCUGCAGGCACUUAACACCCACGCUAGCCAACAGCAUCUUGCUGGUCUUGAAAACAUCCAGGGGAAACCAAUGGGGCAUUAUAGAUGAGACUCCAGGGAGCCUCUCCCAACAGCCAUGGGAACAGAGUCACAGGGAGGUGCCCUGCUCCAUACAGGGCAGGAGAACUCUGCCUGCCUGGCAUUCUCAGGUCCUGUGCAUGGUGUGCCCCUGACAAGUUCAGGGGGCUUUGAUUCACACGUCCAGAAAGCUCUUCUUCCUCUUCUUCAUCUUACCUCCACAUCGCAGGAGUGGCCUGGAAAGAACCCAAGCAGAGUGUCAUCUGCAGGGAGAGGCCCUGCAGGUCCCAGAACAUUCUGCUUGCCUGCUAUCCAGCUCCCAGGAGGACCGCAGGGGUGGAGGUGGGAGGACAAGGCAGGGAUGAAGCUUCUCUGCAACGCCACCCCUUGUUCAACCUAGGCUGCCAUGCGUGUUCCCAGUGGGGCUUCUCUGCGGUGGCCAGGGAGGAAGAAGCUGUAGCAGGGUCUACCCCUGAUAACAGGGUGGCUCUUGCCUCCUACUCUUGGCUGUCCUACCCACAGAUGCACACUGACCUCACCCCACCAUGACCUAAGAUGACUGGAGCACUUUCCCACGUGAGCAGCAAGCUGGACUAGGCCAGGAAAGAGCCUGAACAUGCACAAGGAGCCUUUGACGUUGCUUCUCAUCUUUCAUGAACUUCUUGCAUACACUGGCAGAAAGGGAUGCUGGGAAAGGCCUGCAUUAUCUUGACUCACUCUCUGUAAGGCUGCCCUGCUCCUUCAGACUCCAGCAGACUUAGAGCUAUCUCCUCCCUUGCACUGCCUCAGAGACAUGUCUUCUUCCUGCUCACAGCCUCUGUGCCACCUUCCUCCUCAAUAUCAGUGUGCAACGGGCUUGCACGACCCACCUACCCCCUGCAAAAUAAUUGUCCUGUCUACAUAUGAUAAUAUCAUGCAACACAGUAUCACUGAUCCAGUAAAGAGCUAUUUCCAGGA